AUGCUCCGCUUUCACACCGGCAGCAGCGGUCGUCUCCUCGGCUUUGGUAUUCUUGGGACACCGGGCAAGGGCGAGGCCCCGGUACCCUUCAUCCUUGCUAGGGACUACAGAGCGCCAGCUAUCACCAAUCCGAUGAAAGUCGGCCUUUCAGUCAAACAAGUGCUGGAACAUGGACAGCCGUUGUCGCCGAAGCAGAAGCGCGCCGCAGAGGUCGGAGUAACUGUUCCCUCAUAUUCGUUGUAA